CCAUAGAAAGUCUGCGGCCAUGGAGACACACAGGGAUCACUUCCCCUCACUUCGGCAUCUCAAUGGCACACACGUCGACAUUUGUAGAGAACGAGAUCACAAAAUGUGAGUGCGGCCCUCAGUGGAAAAAGUUUGGACACCCCUGGUCUACAGUGUUCAAGUCAUAAGUAUUACAAAAUGACUUUCCCACUCAGAGGCAGCAAACAUUUCUUCGCUUGCAGGAGUUAAAGUGCAGAGAGCGCAUGGCCCACCAUAACAACAACGAGCUGCUGCAGCAGUUUGACAAAGCUCAGGACACACUGAGAGAGAUGAUGACUGCCACUGCUGCCAUGAAAACUGUGCGGUUGGAUGCUGCAGAUGGAGUACGAGCAUCACUUGGAGGCCAGUGCUCCUUGUUGGCAGCAACAGACGAAGGAGGACACACAAGGUCAUCACACCAUGGCCCAACAGAAGCAUCUUCUCGCUGAGUCAGCACACCGUCCCGUACUCCCUCCAUUUCUUCAACAUGUCAUUGCCCCUGUGUCACACCCCCAGUGCGCAACAAGAUGGGCCUCUAAUCAAGAUGACGGCCCCUGGUCCUCAGUAGGGAUGCCCUCAGGCUCUGAUGGUCAUCUGUGCAUGGAGGACUCCCCAGCACACCAUGCUGAAACAUGCAGCUCCAGCGGUCCUUCAUGCCAGGAGCUGGAUGUUCCCCCAGCACGUUUAGCCAGUGAGCAGGCAGAACAUGUCGGCAGCAGCACAGGAUCAACAGAACAUGUCGGCAGCAGCAGCACAGGAUCAACAGAACAUGUCGGCAGCAGCACAGGAUCAACAGAACAUGUCGGCAGCAGCACAGGAUCAACAGAACAUGUCGGCAGCAGCACAGGAUCAACAGAACAUGUCGGCAGCAGCAGCACAGGAUCGAGACGAGCGAGGACAAAGAAGAAAGGAAGCACCUUUGCAGAGAACAGAUGCAACUCUCAGGGAUCAUCCAGGAGGUCCUCAGCUGCAGUGUCUGGAGGUCAAUCUUCAUCAGUCAAAGGCAGCACCGGGACAAUCAGAAGGAAUGCGCUUGGAUCUCCAAAGAUGAAGAACAAGAGAAAUGACCAAGAGAGUCCGACAAGUUCUUCUCUCAGUAAAUCUCCAGGUGAGGAUGCAGGGAGUGCGAGUCCUUUCAACCAAUCACAAAGCACGAGAGAGCAUUCAGAGUGGGGCAGUGGAAGCAACAAGGCUGUGGAAAGCAAGGACCACGAAGAAGAACUGGACAGAGAAGAGGACAGUGGUGAGGAUGAAGAGCUGGAUGAAGAGACGUCACAAGGGGAUGAGAGCGAGGAGGAUGGUGAUGACCUUUCAGACAAGGUCAACAAGAAGGAUUCAGUUUCUUCGCAGGAAGAGGAGGAGCAGAGUGAGGACAAUGUAGAAGAGACUGAUGAAGAGGAGGAGCAGAGGGAGGACAAUGUAGAAGAGACUGAUGAAGAGGAGGAGCAGAGGAAGGACAAUGUAGACGAGACUGAUGAAGAGGAGGAGCAGAGGGAGGACAAUGUAGACGAGACCGAUGAAGAGGAGGAGCAGAGGGAGGACAAUGUAGACGAGACUGAUGAAGAGGAGGAGCAGAGGGAGGACAAUGUAGACGAGACUGAUGAAGAGCAAACAAGUGAGGAGGAGAGCGACUCAGAUGACAGCAUCAUCGCACCUUUGCAGAAAAGAGCUGAGAUCCCCCAGGAGGCGUCUGAUGGCAGGGAGGAGAGCACAAGGAGGUCUGAUGGCAGGGAGGAGAGCACAAGGAGGUCUGAUGGCAGGGAGGAGAGCACAAGGAGGUCUGAUGAAGACUCCACUGACGUCUUUGACGACAACAUAGAAAACCUCCUUGCUCCUCAGACAAAGAAAAUAGAAGAAAAGGACGUGAAAGCAGAAGAGGAACACAAAGGUAUUACAGAAACAAAUAUAUUUAUUUUUGUUGUUGAUUCAUAUUUUCUUUAUCUUCCAGCAACUUGCAAUGUGAAAAUUUCCCCAGCAGAAACACACCAGCCAAGCCACUCUGAUGACUUUGACCAUUUUUAUGACUGACCAACCUUCUAGUAGAAGCAGAAGAGAUGAUGACAUUAGAAGCAGUGGUCAAGGUCAUGUCCAGCAAGAGAUGAUGACAUUAGAAGCAGUGGUCAAGGUCAUGUCCAGCAAGAGAUGAUGACAUUAGAAGCAGUGGUCAAGGUCAUGUCCAGCAAGAGAUGAUGACAUUAGAAGCAGUGGUCAAGGUCAUGUCCAGCAAGAGAUGAUGACAUUAGACUUGUCUCUGCUCUGUCUGCGUCACGGCGGUGUUCGGCCUUGGCCGUCAGCAGGCAGAGUCUGGACACAACACUGAUAAAGACAACUGGCAAUCUUUUGGAUUGCCAGCUUGCACAUAUACAAAAAUACCACUUCGGCACAAUUGACGAUAAUUUCUAUCAACGGCCCUUAAAGGCCUACUGAAAUGAAUUUUUUUUAUUUAAACGGGGAUAGCAGAUCCAUACUAUGUGUCAUACUUGAUCAUUUCGCGAUAUUGACAUAUUUUUGCUAAAAGGAUUUAGUAUAGAACAUCGACGAUAAAGUUCGCAACUUUUGGUCUCUGAUAAAAAAAAAAGCCUUGCCCCUACCGGAAGUAGCGUGACGUAGUCAGUUGUUCACCUUCUCAUAUUUUCCCAUUGUUUUCAAUGCAGCUAGAGCGAUUCGGACCGAGAAAGCGACGAUUACCCCAUUAAUUUGAGCGAGGAUGAAAGAUUCGUGGAUGAGGAACGUUAGAGUGACGGACUAGAAUGCAGUGAAAGACGUAUCUUUUUUCGCUCUGACCGUAACUUAGGUACAAGCUGGCUCAUUGGAUUCCACACUCUCUCCUUUUUCUAUUGUGGAUCACGGAUUUGUAUUUUAUACCACCUCGGAUACUAUAUCCUCUUGAAAAUGAGAGUCGAGAACGCGAAAUUGACAUUCACAGUGACUUUUAUCUCCACGACAAUACAUCGACAAAGCUUUUUAGCUACUGAGCUAAUGUGAUAGCAUCUGGCUCAAAUGCAGAUAGAAACAAAAUAAAUAAAUCCCUGACCGAAAGGAUAGGCAGAAGAUCAACAAUACUAUUAAACCAUGUACAUGUAACUACACGGUUAAUAAUUCUCAGCCUGGCAAAGCUUAAAGGCCUACUGAAAUGAAUUUUUUUUAUUUAAACGGGGAUAGCAGAUCUAUUCUAUGUGUCAUACUUGAUCAUUUCGCGAUAUUGCCAUAUUUUUGCUGAAAGGAUUUAGUAUAGAACAACGACGAUAAAGAUUGCAACUUUUGGUAUCUGAUAAAAAAAAGGCUUGCCCCUACCGGAAGUAGCGUGACGUAGUCAGUUGAACAUAUACGCAAAGUUCCCUAUUGUUUACAAUGAUGGCCGCAUGAAGUGAGAGAGAUUCGGACCGAGAAAGCGACAAUUUCCCCAUUAAUUUGAGCGAGGAUGAAAGAUUUGUGGAUGAGUAAAGUGCAAGUGAAGGACUAGUGGGGAGUUGAAGCUAUUCAGAUAGGGAAGAUGCUGUAAGAGCCGGGGGUGACCUGAUAUUCAGC